CUGCCACAUUUCUAACUAUGAAUGUAACUUUUUUCCUAGAAGGAAGUCAGAGCAGAAUCAGUUCUCUGCAGCGAUGAAGAGGAAGAUCUCACUCUGCGCACCUAUCGGACUUAUUAUCGGUGUGUGUCUUCUGAUCGUCGCAGCCAGAGUUCUGAAGCCAAGAGAGGAGAGCGUUCCAGAGCCAAGAGCGCAGCAUGACAUAUGGCCAGAGAACAAACAGCAGCCUGAAAAUGUGAAGUUAACUGGCCCAGAGAGCCACGAGGCUUUCAUUGGAGAGAGCGUCACGUUGGACUGCCACCUCGAACCUCAAGCUGAUGUGAGAGAGAGAUUUGAUGCCGUCGUUGUUGAAUGGAAAUUCAACAACCAAGACCUUGUCCUUGUUUACAGAAGUCGAGGUUUUGCGUCUUAUGAACAGGCCGAACAGUUCAAAGACAGAGUAAAUCCUGACGACUCCUGGGACAUCAGCAAAGGAAAGCUUGCAGUAAAAAUCCCGUUAGUGACAAAAGCUGAUAAUGGAACAUACAGCUGCUCUGUUGGACAUGGAUCAAAGAGAAUGCAGUUCUCGACUCAACUCAACAUUAAAGACUCGGUUGUUCCAAGUAAUGCCCACAACAAAGCUCAGGACCAAACUACACAGAGCCACGGCCAAAACACUAUCGCGGAUGCUUCAGUUAUCCUGGUUCUGGCUGCAUCCACCUUGCUGUAUUCUCUGUUCUACUGAAGAAAUAUAGUGCAAGACGAGACAAGGAAACACUUCAGGAGAACAAUUGAAUCAGAGAACGCUACCGAACAACACCAGCAGCCGAAAUCAGCUGCCAAAUGAAAGAAACUUUUUUAUUCCAAACCCUUUUUUUUAAACAUUGUGGUUGAACAAAUAUACCCAGAUUGUAGAUUUAACACACCUCAGUGCUGUUAUGCACCACCAGCGAGGAUGUUGGACUUUUUAGUUUUUUUGUUUUCUAUCAGAGGCCAGUUGACUCAAUUUUUUAGGCUGUCAUAUCAAACUAGGAGAUCCAAUGUAAAUCAGAGGUAUAUCAUCUAAUGAAGACAGGGGUUGAAGGCUUUCUUGAAUAAGUGGAGUGAGUCUGUGUUGUGGAUGUUUGCAGGGAGCGUUGGGGCAGCAAGGUGCGGUGCUUGGUCCUGGUGAUCAGGGUCAGAAGGUUGGCAUCGGAUGAUCUGUGGAGGUGAGUGACGUUGGAGCCGGUCUUUAAAGUAUGGGGGGGAAGGGGAAGUUAUUGAGGGCUUUGUAGGUGAUGAGCAGGAUCUUGAAGUGAAAUAGGCUUCGUUCAGACAGCAGGGCUUAAUGCUCAAUUCGGAUUUUUUUGCAAGGUCGUUCACAUUUCCAAUUAAAUGCGACUUGUCUGUGAUCUCCAGUGUGAACUUUAAACGUACCAAAAGUGUCCCGCAUGCUCAUUGGAGGACACGACGACGUCACACGCAGCGAGCGUGCUCAGUGUUUACGGAAGUAGCAGAAAACAUGGCCGCCAGCAGGAAGCCUAUGUAUGAUGAAUGCGACCUGGCUGUUCAGACUGGAGUCGCAUGUCAAAAGAUCAGAUAUGUAUCGGUUUUAGGACCACAUAUCCAAGUGGCCUGGAUCGCAUUUGAAAAAAUCGGAUCUGUGUCGUUCAGACUGUCAUUAAAAGAUCAGAUGCAGGUCGCAUAGGGGCGAAAAAAACGGAUUUGGGUCACUUCAGGCUGCAGUCUGAACAUAGCCUUAGAUACUUUAAAUUGGGAGGUGGGUAUGAUGUGUUUUCUGGAGCGGGAGUGGGUGAGCAACUGGGUAGCUGAGUUCUUGACGUAUAUUUUUUUUUGGAGGUUGGUGGAAAAGAAUGAGAGGGUGGGACGGUAGACUUGCAAUGUCAGGUAGACUUGCAUUUAAUCACAAGUGCCACAGAGCUUUAAUAACCUGUUUUGUGCCAUAAAGGUGAUCAGGGUCAGAAGGUUGGUAGUGGAUGAUCUGUGGAGGUGAGUGAGGGAGUGAUGUUGGAGCAGGUCUUUAAGGUUUGAGGGGGAGGGCGAAGUUAUUGAGGGCUUUGUAGGUGAUGAACAGGAUCUUGAAGUGAAAUAGAUACUAAAUUGGGAGCCAGUGAAGGUGUUGAAAGAUGGGUAUGAUUUUCUGGAGCGGGAGUGGGUGAGCAACUGGGCAGCUGAGUUCUUGACAUAUUGUUUUUUUUGGAGGUUGGUGGAAAAGAAUGAGAGGGUGGGAUGGAGACUUGCAAUGUCAGGUAGACUUGCAUUUAAUCACAAGUGCCACAGAGCUUUAAUAACCUGUUUUGUGCCAUAAAUGUGAUCAGGGUCAGAAGGAUGGCAUCGGAUGAUCUGUGGAGAUGAGUGAGGGAGUGACGUUGGAGUAGGUCUUUAAGAUGGGAGGGGGGUUAGUGAGGGCUUUGUAGGUGACGAACAGGAUCUUGAAGUUGAUUUGUUGCUGUAUUGGAAGCCCGUGAAGGUGUUGAAGGAUGGGUGUGAUGUGUUCUCCGGAACAGGAGUGAGUGAGCAACCGGACAGCUGAGUUCUUGACAUAUGUAGUUGUUGGUGGUGUGGGGAGGUGUGAGGAAAAGAAUGGAGGUGUGAGGAGGAAAAGAAUGCUGAUGCAAUAGUCUGGAGAGUAUGAAGGCGUGAAUGAAUGUUUCUGCAGCAGAGAAGCAGAGAGCGGGACGGAGAUGUGCAAAGGGCGGCUGUGGCUCAGUUGGUAGAGUCGGUUGGCCCCCAACCGAAGGGUUGUUGGUUCGAUCCCUGACCGUCGCAGCAAGAUACUGAACCCCAAAUUGCUGCCGAUGCUGUGUUCAUCGGCGUGUGAAUGAAUUCCCAAUGGUGGCAGGUGGCACCGUUUAGGGUAGCCUCUGCCACCAUUAUGAAAGGGCGAAUGAGUGCAGUCUGUAGUGUAAAGCGCUUUGAGUGGUCGCAAAGAGACUAGAAAAGCGCUAUAUAAGUGCAGGUCCAUUUACCAAUGUUAUGGAGGCGUUUAUUUAAUCAAAACUGCUACAGAGCUUUAAUAACCUGUUUUGUGCCGUAUAGGUGCAAGACAAGAUGGGGAAACACCUCAGGAGAACAAUCACAUCAACAAUCAACAUUUUUUAAACAUUGUGGUUGAUCAAAUAUACCCAGAUUGCCGAUUUACCACACCUUGGUGCUGUGAUGGCCUGCUGGCGAGGCGUUGAACUUUUCAGCCAUUUUUGUUUUCUAUCAGAGGAUUUAGGCUGUCUUAUCAAAGUAGACGAUCUAAUGUAAAUGCAGGGAGGGAGUUCCAGAGGGUUGGGGCAGGAAGGUGCAGUGCUUGGUCCUGGUGAUCAGGGUCAGAAGGUUGGUAGUGGAUGAUCUGUGGAGGUGAGUGAGGGAGUGAUGUUGGAGCAGGUCUUUAAGGUUUGGGGGGGAGGGCGAAGUUAUUGAGGGCUUUGCAGGUGAUGAGCAGGAUCUUGAAGUGAAUUAAAUACUAAACUGGGAGGCAGUGAAGGAUGGGGAUAGGUCCAAGGAAAAGAAUGCCGAUGCAGUAUUCUGGAGGUUAUGAAGGUGUGAAUGAAUGAAUGAAGGAGACGUGAAAUGUUACGAAGGUAGAUGAAAGAUGUUUUGGUGAUGUUUUUGACGUGUGAUUUCAAAAUGAGUUUUUUUAACAGUAUUCAAGGGUAAAAAAUGAUCAAAAUGGCAGCUUCCCCCCAAUUUUUUAAGUAAUAGUAAUAGUAAAGCUGUGUUCUCUUGUUUGACCUCUCGAUGGUGCUGUUGUCGUCCUCUUACUGUGAACAGACAGUCACACAAUAUGCAGCUGUGAUCAGAGGUUACCGUGGUGACUCACUGGUUUGGUAUGUGUCGCUAUGGA